AACGACAAAUUGCUUCAAUCAGUCAAGGUGAUUCAUCACUUUCAAAAUAUUAUACCAAUCUUAAACAGUUAUGGGAUCAAUUGAAUUCUCUUGUUCAAAUUCCUUCAUGUACCUGUAGCUCUGUAAAAGCUAUUUCUGAUCAUAACUCUUCUACACGAUUGAUGCAAUUUCUUAUGGGAUUGAACGACACUUAUGAUAGUUUAAGAAACCAAAUCUUGGUUCUAGAUCCUCUUCCUAGUGUGUAUAAAGCAUAUUCCAUGGCACUUAGUGUUGAAAAACAACGAGAAGUACAAAUUAACUUUGCAAAUCCUACUGAAGUUUCUGCAAUGCUUGCUAGAACACCAAAAUAUAGCAACAAUACCAAGAAGUCCUUCCAGAUAAAGAACAAAUUUGAGCAAAAAGGAAAAAUUAAUUCUGAUAAGUACUGUGAUCAUUGCAAAUCUGGUGGUCAUACUAAGGAUGUAUGUUUCAAACUACAUGGUUAUCCUGAUUGGUAUAAAGAGUUGAAAGAGAAAAAGAAGUUUGGGUCAAAUUCUGCUCACAUGGCCAAUACAUCAUUUUAUGCACAAAGUGAAAAUCCUUUACAUGAAGUCGGAGAAAAUGUUCAACCAACAUCAGCAAAUCCCAACAAUGACGAGUCGUUGAACAAUUUGUUUCAGCAAUUUACCCAGUUCUUGAAGAACAACCAACAUCCUGAUACUCACUUUGCAAAUUUGUCCCAUUUUGGUGACUUUGCAGGACCUUCAAACUGCUAAAAUCAUUGGCAUUGGAAAGGUCAUGGGCAAUCUCUAUGUUCUAAACAAGUUUAGUUUAGAGUCUGCAAACAUAGAGUCCAUUCUUAAUUCUUGUAAUCUUUCAAAGAAUUUGAAAUUCAAUUUUUGUAAUGUUGCUCAUUUCAAGAAUAAGGAAUGUUAUUCCAUAUGGCAUAAGAGAUUAGGCCAUAGUCUGAGUCUGUAUUAAGUCAUUUGACUUAUAUUCCUAAGAAAUCUAUUGAUGAGUCACUUCCUUGUAUUCCAUGUCAUCUUGCAAAACAACAAAGAAUUCCAUUUCAUGUUAGUGACUCUUGUGUUGAUUCUUUUUUAAAUUGAUUCACGUGGAUCUUUGGGGACCAUAUAGAUCAAAAACUAUCACAGGAGCAUCAUAUUUCCUAACAAUAGUUGACGAUUUUUCUAGAUCAACAUGGACUUUCUUACUCAUUGACAAAACUCAAGUCUUAUUGACUUUGUCUAAUUUCUUUGUAUAUGUCAAAAAUCAA